GGGUCCUCUGUGUCAGGAUGACGUGUUUUUCAGCUCAGUCCUUUGCUUCCGGGUUUGCACAGUGUUGCCAGAUAGGCGCGUCGUGGAGAAAAUGUCGAAGGUAACUUUUAAAAUCACUCUUACUUCGGAUCCGAGACUGCCAUACAAAGUACUUAGUGUUCCAGAAAGUACACCUUUCACAGCGGUUUUAAAAUUUGCAGCAGAAGAGUUUAAAGUUCCUGCAGCAACAAGUGCGAUCAUAACAAAUGAUGGAAUUGGAAUCAAUCCAGCUCAAACAGCAGGGAAUGUGUUCCUAAAGCAUGGAUCAGAACUUCGGAUUAUUCCCAGGGACAGAGUCGGAAGCUGCUUACCAACGAGGGGUUGAUUCUUCAAAGAAAGGGGAACAUUUUCAUAUAACAUUUUAAACAAUGUAUUUAUUAUGGGACUAAUCCUCCCCUGCCCAUUCACAUACAGUAUACCGCACAGCUCUGAGUGUCCUUAUCCGCAAAUAAUGUAUACAAGAAUCCAGGUCUCCAGAAGUUUAGAGACAUCACACAGAAGAGUGAACCCUAAAUAAAUAUUUAAAGACAGAAUUGAAGAACCUGUUCCACAUUCUGAUACUCAACUACAGAUUUUUUUUUUUUUUUUUCCCCCCAGAUAUGACUUUAUUUGAAUGGUUUUGAUUUAGUCCAGAUUUAAAGCCAUGGCUAUGAAUUGCUUGUUGUAAUCAACCAAAAUCGGAAAUGUGGUAAGAUGGAGGUGAAUUGUGCUGUGCUGUAGGCAACCAUACUGUGCAUUUAACUUUAGUCUGGUAUAUAUCAUUUUGCUUUUGUAUUUAGCCUGCAAAAUAAAAUGGUAAUGUGUUUCAUUAAAGCUAGUGGAUGUCUUUGAA